AUGGGGGACGUUCUGGAGAAGUUCUUUGUUGUUGUAGGGCUUCUGGUGUGCCUGGUUUACCUGCUGAAGUGUCUGAGAUUCACUAAAUAUAUUUUCCUGCACUUUUGGAAGGUGUUACCAAGGUCCUUCUUGCAGUCAACAGGACAGUGGGCAGUGAUCACUGGAGCCGGAGAUGGAAUUGGAAAAGCUUAUUCAUUUGAGCUAGCAAAACAUGGACUGAACAUUGUGCUUAUCAGUCGGACACUGGAAAAACUACAGGUCAUAGCCAUGGAGAUUGAGCGGGCUACAGGAAGGCGCGUGAAGAUCAUACAAGCAGAUUUUACCCAAAGCAACAUUUAUGAGUAUAUUAAAGAAAACCUCAAAGGCUUAGAAAUUGGAGUUUUAGUCAACAAUGUCGGAAUGCUUCCAAACCUUCUUCCAAGCUAUUUUCUUAAUGUGUCAGAGGAAGUUCAGAGCCUCAUCCAUUGUAACAUCACCUCAGUAGUCAAGAUGACUCAGCUGAUUCUGAAACAAAUGGAAUCAAGGCGGAGAGGACUCAUCUUGAACAUUUCUUCCGGAGUAGGACUCUUUCCUUGGCCUUUAUAUUCCAUGUACUCAGCAUCCAAGGCUUUUGUGUGCGUGUUUUCCAAGGCACUCCAAGCAGAAUAUAAAGAGAAGGGAAUCAGCAUACAGGUGCUGACCCCAUAUGCUAUUUCGACCCCGAUGACAAAGCAUCUAAAUCCCAACUUGAUAACCAAGACUGCUGAUGACUUUGUGAAAGAAUCGCUGAAUUACGUGACUACUGGAGAGGCACACUGUGGCUGCCUUGCCCAUGAAAUAUUGGCAGGUUUUCUGCAUCUGAUCCCGUCCUGGGCAUUCUACAGCAGUGCCUUUCAGAAGUUCCUCCUGACUUGGUACUCAGAUUAUCUAAAGCAGAACGCCAACAUCAAGUAG